UUUAGAUCGUUCCGUGCGGCAAGAAGUGGACCAAAGACAAGUGACAUUUUACCAAACAAGACUUUCGUUACUUCUACAAUCGUUCAAAAUCAAGAUGGCAAGUAAAAUGGCGAGCGACGAUUUUGUCGACGAGUUCCUGACGUGUGCGAUUUGCAUGCGACAUUACAGGGCCCCCAAAAUCCUACCAUGUCUGCACAGUUUCUGUAGGGAGUGUCUGCAUGAAUGGGCCACCAAACAACAGCCGCUGGAGUGUCCAACCUGCCGCGAACCGGUCAGGCUACCAGACCAAGGUGUGGACGGACUCAGGACCAACUUCUACGUCAACAACCUGCUGGACUUCGCGGCGGCCAAGAAAGGGGCGGAGCCAGGUGUGCCGUGCCAGGCAGAAAAAGACGCGGGUAAUUUCCAUCGCAAGCGACACUGCCCAAAACACAACCAAAAACUGGUCUUUUACUGUGAGAACUGUAACGCGUUUGUUUGUAUGGCGUGUACCGUGGUCGACCAUCGCCCGGGCAAACAUCACAAUCCCGUAGAAAUCGCUACUGUCGCUCAGAGAAGGAAGGCGGAACUGCAAGGGCUUCUGCAAGACAUAGACCCACGUCUGAAGGAAAUACAGGAUGCUGUCAAGGAAGUUGACAGGAAGAUUUCAAAGUUAGUCCCCUCGAAAGAAGCAGCUACAGACCAAGCCAAGGCGUACUUCCGCAAACUUGCCGACCUUCUGCAAAAGCGUGAAGAGGAGAUUUUGAGCCAGAUUGACGAACAGUGCCGAGCCGAUGGCAAGGCUCUACAAGCAAAGAAGGAAGCGAUAGAGUUCGAGUUGGCCGGACUGACAAGCGCACAGACGUUCUGCCAACAAGCUGUAGAACACGGAAGUGACGUGCACGUUCUGGAGGUGGGAAACCAAGUCCAAACAAGGGUGGAAACUCUGCUGACGAAAGAAGUGGACCUGGAGUCCGACUGGAGCGAGUUUCAGUUCGUUGAGAACCUGGCACUUGUUCACGUAGAAAAAAGAGUUCUUGACAUUUUCGGUGGCGUAAAGACAAACGUCGACGUUUCGAAGUGCAAAGUUGUAGUAAAGCCGGCAGUCCAGGGGUUUAAGUGCGUCGCUGAGCUGACGACACUGAACAAAAAAGGCCGCCCUUGUUUUACAAACAGUCGAGCCGUCAAAGCUGACAUAAAGGACCCGUCUGGCAAGAACGUCGCCACAAGAGUACUGACAAAGAGCAGGGGGUUGUGGGAAAUCUCGUACACACCUAAGGUUACGGGUAACCAUAGGUUAGAGGUCAAGGUCAACUCGCAACAGGUGACAGGAAGUCCGUUUGAUGUUGACGUGAAGGGGAACCCCGUGUUGACUAUCGGACAGAAGGGCAGCGGGGUGGGGGAACUGAGCUGGCCGGUAGGUGUCGCUGUUGAUAAGGACGGUAACAUUGCAGUGGUGGAGCGCGGGAACAAACGUGUUCAGGUCUUGAAUGCGGACACAGGCCAGUCUUUGCGUAGCUUCCCUGUUGAAGGUGAGAAGCCAUACGGUAUUGCUCUGGACUCCGAGGGGAGGUUUCUUGUGACGUCAUGGGGCGAAAAUUACGGGUUAAGACGCUACAACAAUGAGGGCAAACUUUUGAACACACUGACGCCGGACUGUAUGCGAAGCCCGCAUGGCGUAACGGUUCUGAAGGACGGGCGCAUGGUUGUGUCGAACGGCACACAGAAGUCCUGUCUCCUCCUGCAGCCUGACGGGAGCCUCAUCCGGGAGAUCGGCAAGGGACAGCUACAGGGGCCAGUGUCCGUGUCGGUAGACGAGUCACGUGGUGUGAAGUUUGUCACAGACAUGAUCGCACACAAAAUAUUCGCGUUUGGCCUUGACGGAAACCUGAAGUUCGAUUUUGGCAGACAAGGUGACAAUGAUGGCGAAUUUCAACAACCAAGAGGUGUAACAACAGACCCGGCAGGUAAUAUCAUCGUAAGUAACGCAGGAAACGGCCGUGUGCAGGUGUUCGCGCCUGACGGGACUUUCAAACAGAAACUGGGACCAGUCAAAGGCGGGCAUGCCAGUGGAGUCGCUCUGACUCCUGAUGGUUACAUAGCGGUGGCGUGUUGGGGAGGACAUUGUAUAGAACUGUACAGGUACAUGUGA